AUGGCAGCCAAGCAGACAGAGCCGGUCACCAUCAUUAGCCUUCGGGAGUUGAACCUGGGGACCCCAGAGCCACAGCCAAAAGAGUCAAAGACAUUCACCGUGGAAGACGCCGUGGAGACCAUUGGAUUCGGACGUUUCCACGUUGCCCUCUUUCUGAUCGUGGGCAGCACGGGGGUCGCUGAGGCCAUGGAGAUCAUGUUAAUAGCAGUCGUGUCUCCUGUCAUCCGCUGUGAAUGGCAGCUGGAGAAUUGGCAGGUGGCGUUAGUGACCACGAUGGUGUUUUUCGGCUACAUGGUGUUCAGCAUCCUCUUUGGCCUCUUGGCUGACAGAUAUGGCCGCUGGAAGAUUUUGCUCAUCUCGUUCCUGUGGGGAGCCCACUUCUCCUUGCUGACCUCAUUCUCUCCCUCGUACAUCUGGUUUGUCUUCCUGCGGACGAUGGUGGGCUGUGGCGUGUCUGGCCAUGCCCAAGGGCUAAUCAUAAAGACUGAAUUUUUGCCUACAAAAUAUCGAGGCUAUAUGCUCCCCUUGUCCCAGGUUUUCUGGCUAGCGGGCUCCCUGCUCGUCAUCAGCCUGGCUUCCGUGGUCAUCCCCACCAUCGGGUGGCGCUGGCUCAUCCGCAUCACCUCCAUCCCUGGCAUCAUCCUCACCGUGGCCUUCAUGUUUAUUCCUGAAUCUGCUCGGUUCAAUGUCUCUACCGGGAACACUCAGGCUGCCUUGGUUACACUGGAGCACAUCGCCAAGAUGAACCGCUCAGUCAUGCCGGAGGGCAAGCUGGUGGAGCCCAUCCUGGAAAAAAGAGGAAGAUUUACAGACCUAUUGGAUGCUAAAUAUUUACGGACCACGUUACAGAUCUGGGUCGUAUGGCUGGGCAUCUCUUUCGCCUACUAUGGGGUCAUCCUGGCCAGUGCGGAGCUGCUGGAGCGGGACCUGGUCUGUGGCUCACAGUCGGAGCUGGAGGUAGUGGUGACUGUAGGGGUCUCGGAGGAGAGCCAGAGCCCCUGCCACUGCCAGGUGUUUGCCCCUUCUGACUACCAGACCAUGAUUAUCAGCACCAUUGGCGAAAUUGCUCUGAAUCCUUUAAAUAUCCUGGGCAUUAAUUUCCUGGGAAGACGGCUGAGCCUUUCUAUUACCAUGGGAUGUACAGCUUUAUUCUUCCUUCUCCUCAAUAUUUGCACUUCAAGUGCCGGCCUCAUCGGCUUCCUCUUCAUGCUGAGGGCUUUGGUGGCGUCCAGCUUCAACACCAUCUAUAUUUACACCGCUGAGGUCUACCCCACAACGAUGCGCGCUUUGGGGAUGGGGACCAGUGGAUCCCUGUGUCGCAUUGGUGCGAUGGUGGCGCCAUUUAUAUCCCAGGUUCUCAUGAGUGCAUCAUUUCUGGGAGCCUUGUGUCUUUUCUCACCUGUCUGUGUUGUGUGUGCCAUUUCUGCAUUUACUCUCCCUAUUGAGACCAAAGGACAGGCCCUACAGCAACUUAAAUGAAUUAAAUGAAGACCUG